UCAGCUGUGUUUCGCGACACUGGUAUUGAUCGGACAAUGUGUGGGAUCACAUGCGCCAUCGCGCUGAAGGGGUAUUGCAAACCGUCUGAAAGAGAUAGAGAACGGUUGACACAGGCAAUUGAUCAAAGUCUCGACUACAUCAAACAUCGGGGACCUGAUUCGAAGGGGUUUUGGAUUUCCGAGCACUGCCGCGUUGCUUUAGGGCAUAAUCGUCUCGCGAUAGUAGACCUCAGUCCGGACGCCGAACAACCCUUCCACGAUAGUGAGAACCAGAUCCAUGCCGUAGUAAAUGGUGAACUCUACGGCUUUGAAGCCAUCCGCGAGGACCUCAUUUCCAAAGGUCACAGAUUCCAAAGCCACUGUGACUCGGAGAUUGCGAUUGCGUUGUACAAAGAAUAUGGUAUCAGCUUUCUGUCGCACCUGCGGGGUGAGUUUGUCUUGUGUCUGUAUGAUUCGAGGGCACAGCUUGUAAUCGCUGCGAAUGAUCGAUAUGCAAUCAAACCUCUGUUCUAUACGAUUGUCGAUGGUCGGUUGCUACUCGCUUCGGAAGCCAAAGCAUUCCUCCCGUUCGGUUGGCAGCCCGAGUGGGAUGUCCAAAGCAUCAAAGAAGUUGGUUGGUUGUGCGACCAGCGCACUAUGUUUCAAGGUGUACAGAAACUACUCCCAGGCCACUACAUGACUUGUACAUCCUUCAAUACGAUAUCCCAGCAUCGGUAUUGGGAUAUCGAUUACCGAGACAAACAAGCGGUGGAUGUCAGAACUGAGCAAGAGAUGGUAGUAGAAGUACGUAAGCGACUCCUCGAUGCUGUGCGAGACCGUCUCCGCGCCGACGUGCCUAUCGGGAUCUUCCUCAGCGGAGGGAUCGACUCUUCUGCAAUAGCUGGAAUAAUAAAACAUCUGAAAGACACAGAGGGAGCUCAUCUUGGUACCGCUCCGAAAACCGAUUUGAUAAAUUGUUUCAGCAUCAAAUUUCUCGACAACGACUUUGAUGAAGAGCCGGUGGCACGCCGUACUUCCGAAUGGCUUGGUGUGAAGAAACACACUGUAGAAAUGACUGAAGAAAUGUUCGCCGCCCACUUUGAAGACUGCAUGUACCACAACGAGGUAGCAACACGCGAUCUCAACACCGUCGGAAAAUACUGCCUCUCCGCUCUUACCCAGUCCAAAAAUAUCAAAGUCGUCCUGACAGGCGAAGGCUCUGAUGAGCAUUUUGCAGGUUACAAGGAGCUUCUUACCGACUUCAUCCGCGAACCCGACCCUUCCUGGUCACGCACCACCCUAGACGAACAAACCCGUCUGCGCAUCUUCAACUCCCUGGAGGGAUCAGAAGACUCUGGUCCCCUGGAACCACCUAGCGCAUCAUUUGCACGUAAACAAGUCAACAAUAUUUCUUUCCUAGGCUACACGCAAACCUCCGCGCUGCCCGAUAACUUAUUUGCAUCAUGGACAGCCUCCGAAUUCGGCUCAGCAGACCCCCGCAGCACAGCCGUCACCCACACAAUCUCCGGCCUUACACGCGAGCAUAUCGCGCACAAGUGGCACCCCCUCCACUCGGCCCUCUACAUAUGGAGUAAAUCCGCGCUUCCAAAUGGUCUUCUAACCGUGUUAGGCGAUCGCGUCGAGAUGGCGCACAGCGUCGAAGGCCGCCAACCCUUCCUCGACCACCGAUUAACCGAAUACGUGAUGGGUCUUCCACCUUCCCUAAAGUUCAAAUACGAUGCUGCGACGCGCACCUUUUCCGAGAAGUGGAUCCUGAAAGAGGCGGUGAAACCUUUUGUCACGGAAGAAUUGUAUACGAGGAAGAAGCAUCCGUUUGCUGCGCCCGUGAGGUAUAAAGUUGACGGUCCCAUCCGGAAGUUGUUUGAUCGAUUGAUAACAAGGGAGAAUGUGGAAGGCUUGGGGUUUUUAGCGUGGGAGGAAUGUAAGGAUCUGGUGAAGAAAGGGAUCGAACAGGGAGAUAGAACGGCUUAUGGACAGAUGGUCUUGGUUGGACAAUUUGUCACGUUGGGAAAGAGGUUUGGAGUUAAACAGGCUGUGCCGGAAUUUUUCUGA